UUCUUCCUCGCUCUUCUUCUGCUUUGUCUUGUGCUUCAAAGCCAAAGGUGGCCAACAAUGGAGCCUGUACCUGCUGCUGCUUUCCUUUUCCUGUUCAUCAUCCAGCUGCCAUCUUCUUCCCCCUCCUCUGGUUCUCCUCCUUGUCCCAAAUGUGGGCCCACAGAGGUUCCAUACCCGCUCAGCACUGAUGACAACUGUGGGGAACCCAGCUACAGGGUCCACUGCAGCACCAGCGUCAAUGGCAGCACCAGCCUGGAGUUCAUGUCCGCUGAUGGGAUCUAUUACAAGAUCCUCAGCAUUGACCCGGCCUCUCGCAGGCUCGUAGUCAGCCCGCCGUCCAUCCUGAAGGACACCUGCCUCUCGUCCGACCUCGACUCGGGGGGCAUGAGGUUGGACGAGGACUCCCCCUUCAAUAUCUCUACCAGGAACACCGUCAUGCUAUUCAACUGCUCCAAGAACAUCCUUGCCUCGCCCCUCAACUGCUCCUCGAACAGCCUCUGCAGGCAGUACGAGGACUCCGUGGCGGUGGCGAGGGGGUGCAGGGGCAGCCUGUGCUGCCAUUACUUGAAGGACUCGGCCAUGACCUCUCACCGCAUUAGGGUCAGAGUCGGUGGGUGCACAGCAUACACUGCCAUGGUGAACGUGAACGCCACCGAACCCGUCGAAUCGUGGGACUACGGGGUCGAGCUUCAGUGGGCUCCCCCGAGCUAGCUCAUCUUUCUAGUAUAUUUUCCCAAAGAGUUGACUGCCAUAAAAAUUGGAAUAAGGACGUGACUGGUCACGAGAUAAUAACGACCUAAAGUAACUAAGCACUCUUAGGUUGGUCUCUCUUAUGUCCUAAUCAAUGUGGUUGUUUCCGUUACGAUUUUGGGAUGUUCGUCAGUCAGUUGUUGACAGUGCUGUUGCUCUUGUCAAUAUGUUGCCAAUGAAUAAAUUUUGGUCUCGUGUCAA